ACAUACGGAUAACUGAUUCGCGUGAUUGUUUUCACAAGCACGUGACGUCAAAGUCAGUCAUUGGUGACGUUGCUUGGCCGGCUGUUUUGUUGUUAUAUUUGUCACUUCGCUUUCGUUGUUCCUGCAUUUGCUGCAAAUACUUCUUUACAUAAUGGGUUUGUUUGGUAAGACACCGCAGCGAGAUCCUAAAGAGGUUGUUAGGGAAUGGUCUGCAAAAAUGAGAAAAGAAAAUCGUGUACUCGAUCGCCAGAUCAGAAGCAUACAACGAGAGGAAGAAAAGGUGAAAAGAUCGAUGAAAAUGGCAGCGAAAAAGAAUGAAAUGGACGUUUGCAAGGUACUGGCAAAAGAAAUAAUUCAAUCUAGGAAAGCAGUUGGUCGUAUAUAUACAGCUAAAGCUAACAUUAGCUCUAUUGAAAUGACAAUGAAAAACCAAGCCGCAUUGGUACGAGUCUCUGGAGCAAUGGAAAAAAGUACUGAAGUUAUGAAAGCAAUGCAGUCCUUAGUGAAAAUCCCAGAAAUUCAAAAAACUAUGAUGGAAAUGUCGAAGGAAAUGAUGAAAGCUGGAAUUAUUGAAGAAAUGAUGGAAGAUACAUUUGAAUCAAUGGAGGAUCAGGAUGAAAUGGACGAAGCGGCACAAGAUGAAAUCGAUAAAGUUCUUUUUGAAAUCACAGCCGGAGCACUCGGUAAAGCACCUGACAAAGUCACAGAUGAACUUCCUGAAAUUGCUGGUCCUUCAACGGAAAAUGUGGAAGAGGAUAGCGAGGACGAACAAGAAAUGCAACAAAGGCUUCAAGCAUUGAGGAGUUAAAUAUAUAUGAAGCCCUGUAAACUCAUAAUGGAGUGCCAUAUGCUGUUCGCCUCGUCGAAUAUUGCCUUGAUUUCUGCUCAAAACUGUAAAAUCUUGUACAUUUCGAUCUCAUUGCAUCAGGCAAUAUCUCUGACCAAGACAAUAAGGAUGAAAUUAUCUUAUGAACCUUUUUAUAUAAUUUUCCCGAGUAAUAUGAUAGUUGCGAACUUUGCCGUUAAAUUCUCCGGCUUCUUCCACCUUGUAAAUUUAAGUAUCAGAAAUAUUUAUUUGAUGAGUCAGCGCCAUGAUCUCUCACCCGCUCUACUUUACCCUCUGGAUGAAUAUGCAAAAUCAUAAUCCCAUCAAAUAGUAUCACAUUUUAUGUGUGUUAUAUUAAAUAAAGUCAUCUUAAAUUUUUACUCAAACCCUAUUAGCUUUCGUGCUUAUUAUCUUUCGUGCUUAUUAUCUUAUAGUCAAAAUUUGGAAGCAUAAGUUACCGUAGUUUCAACAAAGUCAACUCAUGAGAAUAGUAAUAUUCGAAUAUGGCGGCAAGGGGGACUUAUGAGCAUGUAAUUUCUGCUCAAGUGUAAUAUGCUUGCUUAGCAUGUUCUGUUGCUUCAAAUUAUCCUAAAAAUUAAUUUACGAGCAAUUUUCAUCCAUAUUCUAUCAUUACUCAAUAAAUGUACAGAAAUUGAACUUUUCAAUGUCGGAAAUAUAGUUUAGUUGAAUUUCAUAUGACAGCAUUUUAUUCUGUUAGCGCCAUUAAACGCAUGGUGGAAUUUUUAAAAAGUGUCGGUACUUUAAAAUUUCUUCGUUAUGGUAUAUUAAAACAAUUGCUAUAAACUUCAGAACUCUGACUGGAGUAGCUGUCAAAUUAUAUAAAAAUUGUAAUUCGGUAAAAGCAGCUAUCAUUUGUUAUACACCUUCAAUAGCCGUUGCUAUCACCCACAUUCAGUUUAAGAAAUCGAUAACAUAUAAUCUAGUUUUAUACAUUAAAAAUAACUUUUCAUAAGUUUAUAGAUUGUGUGUUUCCAUCUAAUUCCUGUUUAUCUGUAAUUUUGUUUUGUAAUUAUACCUUUUUUUUAAAUACAUAUUAAUUUUGUCUUGCACUUGAUUAUUAUCCCUGUUGCGUUUUAUAUUCUUACGAUUAGGAAUGUCAUAGAACGUUGUAAAAUAAAAUUCAUUUAUUAAAUAUUUUUUAAGAACGUCAUUAUUAGAGAUUGAAUGGAAUUUUUCUUAUUUCAAUUUUCAGUCAAAGAAAAUUUAGUCAUUAUGACCGUAUCACAUCUGAUGAUCAUAAUUCAAAUGUUUAAAUGUUGAUUGUUUUUGACGGAAUAAAAUCAACUGCUGUACUUUAUAAGCAAGCGAAUUUUGACAGUAAUAAUGCUAAACUUAUAUUUUUUAUUUCACGUAGAA